AUGGAUGCGAGGGAGAGAGAGCUGGCAGCUCUCAGGCAGGAAUUGGCUGAGCUCAAGCAGUCAACCACAUUGCAGCUGGAGGAGGCUGAAAGAAUACGAGUGGCGGAGAUAAGGGAGAUGCGAGGGCAGUUGGAGGAGAGGGAGAGGGAGGUGGCUGCACUGAAGGGGGAGCUGGCUGGUCAUAAGGAUGCUCAUAUGAAAUUGGAUGUUGAGUCAAAAAUCAGCGAGAGUGUAGGCGAUCAACAGCCAGCAUGGGAGGCAAUCAAGUCAGCAUCACAAGUGGCCCAACUUGACCUUAAGCAUCUCAGCUACAUCUCAGACACCAUGCUCGGCCACGUGUCCACAAUGACCCAUCUGAAGAAAAUUAGCUUGCAAAGUAGCUCAGGGUUCAGUGAAGAGGGCAUCAAGCACCUCUACAGGCUGCCACGGCUGGAGUCGCUAAACGUCCAAUUUACAGACAUGUCAGACAGUGCCUUAAAAGGCAUUGGCUCCUUGAUUAGUCUCAAGCACCUAUAUCUCGGGAGGACCAAUGUGACCACUGGUGGGCUAGUGCACUUGACAGGCCUUUCCUCUCUUAAAACCUUGGCGCUUACCGAGUGCAAGGGUGUGACCAAUGCUGGCAUGGUGCAUGUGGGGAGGCUGACAGGGCUUGAGGAACUUGCUCUGUAUGGCACAGCAGUCACCGAUUAUGGGCUGCAGCAGCUGACUGCCCUGACCAAGCUGACAAAACUCUGUCCGUCAAAAGGAUGUUUGCUUUUUGGCGAGGAUGUACGCAGGCGGAUAGGCAUGUAG